ACAUUUAAACCUAAGUAUCAAACUCGUCCAACUAAAGUAGAGAAACCUGAUUUGGACCUACCGCAAUCAGAUGAACCAUUGAAACCUAAUACAGAGACCAAGGUUACUGUAUCGGACAUACGAAAAUUCCUCCCUGCAGGUUACAGGCCUAAAUCUUUAGAUGAAGAUUUACCUAAAACUAUUGGAGAUAUUUUGGAGAAAGGUAAGACUACAGAAGCACCAAAACUGGAAAUUGCUGGGUUGAAAAUAAUUGCAGCGGAUAUUGGGUCUUUGUUACCUCCAGGAUAUAAACCUCCAAAACUACUACUACUACCACAACUACUACUUCCACAAUGGCUACAUUUACAGAGCCUAUGAAAGCAGAAACGAAUAAUAAAACUAGCGAUGAUAAACCAGAACCACCAGUGGUUAACAAUGUUGUUACAUCUACGAUGGCACCAACAACAUCAGGACAGAAGACAACCAAAGAUCUUUUCAAGGGUAUCACCCAAGAUGAUUUAGCGGCAUUUUUACCACCUGGGUACAAAAAACCUACUACUACAACCUCUACACCAUCUCCUGUGACUACAACCACCACCAAAAAGUCACCGUUGGCAGGUAUUACUCUUGAUGAUAUCUCAGCAUUCCUUCCACCCGGUUUUAAACUGACAACAGAAGCAAGUGUAACUACUACCAAAGCUCCUCUACUAAAGGGUGUAACGUUUGAAGAUGUUUCAUCGUUACUACCACCUGGAUUUAGAGGAACCACAGAAAAGCCAAAACCUGACUCCGUCCUAGCAGGAAUUACGAUGGAUGAUAUAGCGGCAUUUUUACCACCUGGCUACAAAGGACGCUUCAGUCCAAAAUCAACCACGCCACAACCUAAAGUAGACACGACUGUUGCAACUACUCCAUCCACUACAACAACCACUUCGAGUGGAUCAAAGAUUGUUUUCCCAGGUCGUGCAGCAGGUCUGCCUAAAGGUACCCAUAGAAAAUCUUUUGGUGGUCGACUAACUACUCCCAGAAGUAUACCUGGCGAAGGUGCUCAACCUGCUCACAAUGCCGGUGGUAAUUCAGGUAGUGAUACUCGUGUCCCUACUCCAACAAUUCACAAAGGCUGGCCAACAAGAGCAACUACUGAAUUUACCGGUUGGCCUACACCAUCAACCACUCCGAUUUCAAUCGAGAAACUUCUUGAAGCUGCUAAGAAUAUUACCUUCCAGCUGGUUAGCACCACAAGCUCAACAACCACUACUACAACCACAACAACGACAACUACCACCACGACUACGCAGAAACCAACAACACCCGGAUAUUGUGUUAAGGAGUGUGAUCUGGCGGGUACAAUUAAACUGGUAGGCGGGGCCAAAUGGGUGCCGGAAUUGCUGGAUAGGAAUACAAGGGAAUGGCAAAUUCUCGCUAAUGAAGUGCAGUCUCAG